AUGAAGCGUGACGCAUACGGCGACGACGGCCCAAUGCACAAGCGGCAGCGUCCAACCGACGAUGAAGUCACCUUUCUCAUCCCCAGCAAGGUGGCGGGGUCUAUUAUCGGAAAAGGUGGCUCCAAUAUCUCCAAGUUGAGAAAUGAGUACAAAGCCUCUAUAACAGUCCCAGAUUGCCCCGGCCCCGAACGGGUUCUGUCGAUAACCGCCUCUGAUAUCGACACUAUUUUGGAAAUCGUGAAGGACAUUCUGCCGAGUUUGGCCGAUGGCGGAAUCAAGUCCAGCGCCGAAGAUCUGGACGUCCGUCUACUGAUACAUCAGAGUCGCGCUGGUUGCGUGAUAGGAAAGGCCGGCACUAAGAUCAAGGAGCUGCGAGAGAAAACCGGCGCCCGGCUGAAGAUAUUCUCGAGCACGGCGCCACAGAGCACCGAGCGUGUAGUGCAGCUGGUGGGCAGCAAGGAGUCCGUGGCGGCGGGAGUUCGGGAGGUCCUGGAACUCAUUCGCCAGGUGCCGAUCAAGGGCGCCAUCCAGAACUACGACCCGCACAACUACGACGACUACUACGCGGAGGAGUACGGCGGCUUCGGGGGCGGGCCGGGCGCGGUGAGGGGCGGCCGCGGCGUGGGCGGGGGCGGCGGCGGCGGAGGCCCCCCUCGCGCGCCCCGCCCCCCGCCCCCGGCGCGCGGACCCCGCCCCCCUCCGCCGCGCGCGGUGCCCCCCGGCCCGCGGGGUGGCUUCGGCGACUACGCGGGCCCCCCGCCCCGCGCCGGCUUCAACGGCCCCCCGCGCGGCAACUUCGGCGGCGGCGGCGGCAACUUCCCCGGCGGCGGCGGCAACUUUGGCGGCGGUUUCGCGCGCGGCGGCGGCGGCGGCAACCAGCAGGAGACCAGCACCCAGGUCACCAUACCGAAGGAUCUGGCCGGUGCGAUAAUCGGCAAGGCGGGCUCGCGGAUCCGCAAGAUCCGCGCCGAGAGCGGCGCCGGCAUCGAGAUCGCCGAGCCGCAGCCGGGCUCGAGCGACCGCAUCAUCACCAUCACGGGCACCCCGCAGCGCAUCCAGAUGGCGCAGUACCUGCUUCAGCAGAGAAUGUUCGAAGAGUUCCCCGACUUGGCUCCCAACCAGACUAAAAUUAAUAGAAUUAAU